AUGCACGAACAGUGGAUUUAUCAACGCCUUCACAAGAUCGAAAAGCAACUAAUGACAACGCACUUGGGUUUAUUUGAACUGGUGACUCUGUGUGUAACCUCAAUUGUUCUAUCGCAGAACGUUGACCAUGGACUCUCUGGAUACGGGAUCAUAUACUGCUUGUUCGUAAUAGUAGGAGUUAUGGCAAUAGGAACUAUCUCCGACGCAGUUACCCUAAUCCACAUGUACAGAAAAGUACGCCCAAUGAAGUGGAUACCCAAUUGUAGACCGUGGGUUGUUACCUUGAUAGGAAUAAUCUUCCCCCAAUUUGGUGUGUGCAUCUUGCUCUUCCUGGGCUUGCUUCUUCUGCUGGCUGAACUGACGGGGUCGGUGGAGAUUGCCAUAGCUAUCCCAGUGGGAAUGUCAGUAUUUAUUGCUAUUUCCUUAGUCGCUGCAGGCCUUACCCUGUUGCGCGUUAGGUAUUUCCCUAUCUAA